AUGAAUUCUCUGCUCCGAAACGCCGCCGCCAUUGGCCGGCGCUCUUUGUGCACGGGUGUUGCCUGCUCGCGCCCUUCUAAUUACAAUCUAGUAAAAAUGAAUGGAGGGUGCAGCGUAGAAGGUGUACUUUCCACCGCCGGAGUCCAGCAUACACUGCACCAGCGGCAGCAGUGGCGGCACUUUUCGUCUGCGGAGAAACAAACAGAAGGCGCACGCUCGGUUCCUGCCUUUGAUAUUGAGGGGAAAAUUAAAGUUGAAAACCCCGUUGUUGAGCUAGACGGGGAUGAAAUGACCCGCAUUCUGUGGGCCUGGAUCAAAGAGAAGCUAAUCUUGCCUUACCUGGACGUUAAUUUGAAAUACUUUGACCUAUCGUUGCCCAACCGCGACGCCACCGAUGACCAGAUCACACUUGACGCUGCAGAAGCAAUUAAGAAGUAUAAUGUAGGGAUCAAAUGCGCAACAAUUACACCCGAUGCUGCUAGGGUUAAGGAAUUCGGACUAAAACAAAUGUGGAAGAGCCCUAACGGGACCAUCAGGAACAUACUGGACGGCACAGUUUUCCGCGCGCCCAUUCUGAUCAGCAACGUGCCCAGGCUCGUGCCCGGCUGGCGAAAGCCAAUUGUUAUUGGGCGCCACGCGUAUGGCGACCAGUACAAGAGCAAGGCGUUGCUGUGCGACGGCCCGGGGCUGUUCGAGAUGGUCUUCACGCCUGCCGACAGCAGCAAGCCGCCCCAAAGAGAAACCGUCUUCAAGUUCGAAGGGCCAGGCCUCAUGCUCUCCAUGUACAACACUGUCCAAAGCAUAAGGGGCUUCGCUCUCAGCUCCUUCAACUUCGCUCUGUCCCAGGCAAGUCCAGGAGCCCUUAUGGCUAAGUCUUAA